GUAAUCAACAUGAAUAAAGGGUAACUCAGUUGAGAACUUGAGAAGCCUACUUGCUGCAAAUGUGUCUUUGAUGAACCCAGUCAAGACCAUUUGAGAAAGUACUUGCUUGAAUUGCUUGAAAUUUUGGCAUUUGUUCAAGUGUGUCUCUAAGAUUGAUACAUUUAUAGUUGUCUUGUGAUUCAGAGUAGAUUUUAUGGCUGAAGAAAGGUGUCUCAGAUGGACCAAACUCAUAGAUAAAGAUUUGAUUUUUAGAUAAACUAAUGGAGUAAUGGGAUCAAUUCAAGCAAAAUAAGGCAAAAAACUUAUAGUACAAGCCAUAUACAUAUAUAAUUAUGUAAGUGUGUGACAUUAAAGAUUUGAUUUUUGGUCCUUGGGAUAUCUUGAUGGUUUUCCUCUCUUACUCAUUCCCCAAGGAUAUAAAGAAAAGAGGAAUCUUUCCAAUGCAAUUUAAGACUUGAAAGACUAGAGAGUCAAAUACUCAAAAAACCCUUCUAAAACCUCGAAAGAAAAUCCAAAAUGCCUCGAAAGCCUAUACUCGAACCAAUCUCUACCUCUAAAAACAGCAUCUUUACUCCCGGUUCCGCCGUCGAGAUCAGCUCCAAGGAGCCAGGUUUCCGAGGAUCCUUCUACUUGGGUUCCAUAGUGAGUUCCCAAGCUUCUGACUCAUACUUGGUCGAAUACAAAACCCUGGUUGAAGAAUCGCCAAAUGGGUUCCAACCCUUGAGGGAAGUGGUGCGUUUAGCUCAGCUCCGGCCGGCGCUUCCGCCGGACACCAAAUGGGUUUGCACGAUUGGGGAAGAGGUCGACGUGUACCACGAUGAUGGGUGGUGGGAGGCUACGGUGACAAGGGACUUGGGAAAUGGGAGGUUUCGAGUGUUCUUUGGUGAUUAUAAGGAGGAAAUGGAGUUUGCCAAGGAGAGUAUGAGGCUCCACCGCAAGUGGGUCGAUGGGAUUUGGACUCCACAGUUGGUUGAAAACAAAGAAGAUGAACAACAGAAAAUGCAAAUUGAAAUGGAGAUAAAUUCUACUGAAGAAACAAAGGAAGAAACGCUUGGGUUUGAGAAGGGGACUAUAAUUGAGGUGAACAGUGAUGAAGAUGGUUUCCAAGGUGCUUGGUUCACAGCAACCAUUGUUGAACCAAUAGGGGAAGACAAGUUUCUUGUGGAGUACCAGAACUUGAGGACAGAUGAUGACAAAGAGUUUCUGAGAGAAGAGAUAGAUAAAAUCCAUAUUAGACCUUCUCCACCAGAAACUUUAAGGGAUGGUUGUUUUCGGUUGUUUGAAGAGGUUGAUGCUUUUUACAAUGAUGGCUGGUGGGUUGGUGUGAUUUCGAAGAUUGAUACAAACUCAAGAUAUUUUGUCUACUUUAAGAGUACUAAGGAGGAAAUGCAAUUUCAUCACUCUGAAUUGAGGCCUCAUCAGGAAUGGAUUAAUGGUAAAUGGCUUGUGACUUUUCAGGCAUUAAAGUUUUGAUGGCCAAACCAAAUUACUACAAAAUUGCGGUUGAACUUGUCGUUUUGAUUGAAGCCAUUAACUCUACUUACUAUUGAUGAAGAAAACAGAGUUCAGAUCACAGCUUCUUUGCUUUUUCAAUUUCAACCAUGUUUAUAUGCCUGUAAAUUUCUGGCUUAAUUGUUACUUAUUUCGAGGUUAAGUAAGUUCAAUACAAUCCCAGCUUUUCUUUUUCUUACUUGAUAGUUUUUCUCAGGCACAAUUUUUACCAUUUGGGAUAACAAAAUUUGAAUGAAUAGAUUGAGAAAUAGCCUUCAUUGUUAAA